AUGCGGGUCUUUGACGUGUACAUGGGAGCUGUGGGCAUGAGCACCGGGGUGCCGCAGGCGUCGUGUGCAAGGAGGGGAGCCACAGGCGAUAUGUCCAUUGGCCGCAGAGCAACAAAAACUACCUUCCCCAUCAAACUCCACGGCCUCCACCGUCCCCCAUCAAACUCCACCGCCUCCACCGUCCCCAUCAAACUCCACCGCCUCCACCUUCCCCUAUCAAACUCCACCGCCUCCACCCCCAUCAAACUCCACCGCCUCCACCUUCCCCAUCAAACUCCACCGCCCCCACCUUCCCCAUCAAACUUCACCGCCUCCACCUUUCCCCAUCAAACUCCACCGCCUUCCACCCUUCCCCAUCAAACUCCACCGCCUCCACCUUCCCCAUCAAACCUACACCGCCUCCACCUUCCCCCAUCAAACCCACCGCCUCCACCUUUCCCAUCAAACUUCCACCUUCCUUCAUCAAACUCCACCGCCUCCACCUUCCCCAUCAAACCCACCGCCUCCACCUUCCCCCAUCAAACUCCACCGCCUCCACCUUCCCCCAUCAAACUCACCGCCUCCACCUUCCCCCAUCAAACUCCACCGCCUCCACCUUCCCCCAUCAAACUCCACUGCCUCCACCUUCAUCAAACUCCACUGCCUCCACCUUCUACCAUCAACCCACCGCCUCCACCUUCCCCAUCAAACUUCACCGCCUCCACCUUCCCCAUCAACCUCACCGCCUCCACCUUCCCCCAUCAAACCCACCGCCUCCACCUUCCCCCAUCAAACUCCACCGCCUCCACCUUCCCCCACCAAACUCCUCCAUCAACACCUCCAUCUUCCCCCAGCAACGAGACUCGACACCUCCCCUCAUCAACAAACUCCUCUCGAUCUUUACCCUUAACACUCAACACGAACUUGCAGCUAAAGUAG